UGGCUCUAAUGGUCUAUAUAAAGCAGAACGGUACAAUCAUUCACUCCGCCUGCGUGUGAAACAUUCUGUCUUCAUCCCGUAACCUUUCCAAACAGCGUCAACGUGCCAAGAUGGAAACAUAAUCUGCACUCAGCGAUAGUUGCUUUGAGAGAUGGAAGGUAACGUUAAUGUCACACUGAUAGGUGGUUUUUACAGUUUGCGCUUUCUGUCUGAAAGGUCAGCCUCACCCAGCCCUCCCCAGAAAAGCCCAUCAAAAUGAUGGCGAAUCCCCCUCGACUCGUGCCUUUGCUGUUUCUGUACAAUGUAUUUAUAGCUGGAAACAACUGGCUUCUUAAAAUGGAGUGUAAAAUGGUAACGGAACAGGAGAUUGGUAUGUGAGGUAUCUGGGCUCUGGCUCCAUUUAUUCUUUCUCCAGGGGCUGUUCUGACUUUGUUCCCUCUCUCUCUCCCUGUAUCUCUGAUCAGGAGUAGUAACCAGUAUUGAAGGAGAAAGGCAAAAUAUUUCCGGUAAAGCAAUUUCCUUAUCUCUGCCGGCUCUUUAAUUGUGAAUAAUAUAUAACUUUUACAAUGAAUGCAGUCUGGCUCUGUUUGGCGACUUUCUCUGUCGCCUGCAUCAGUUGUAGAGCGGAGGAUGGACUUGAAUUCCCCCGGUAUGAUGGAAAAGACAGAGUUGCCAACGUCGACAUGAAGAACUACCAGAAGAUUUUGGAAAAGUACGAUAUCCUGUGCCUGUUGUAUCACGCGUCGGUCCCUGCAGGAGACAAAGUUGCUCAGAGACGGUUUGACCGAGCGGAAUUGGUGUUAGAGCUGGCAGCUCAGGUCUUGCAAGACAAAAACGUUGGAUUUGGGCUUGUAGAUGAGAAGAAAGAUGCAAAGCUGGCUAAGAAACUGGGUCUGAUAGAAAUCGGGAGUGUAUAUAUUUUUAAAGAUGAUCAUCUGAUUGAGUAUGAUGGCGAGCUCUCAUCUGAAGUCCUAGUAGCAUUUCUUCUGGAUGUGACAGAAGACCCAGUGGAAAUCAUUGAAACUAGGGCGGAGGUUCGCUCUUUUGAAAGAACUGAUGAAGUGAUCAAAUUGAUCGGAUACUUUAAAAGUGAAGUUUCUGAACAUUACAAAGCUUUCGAAGAUGCAGCAGAGCACUUCCACCCUUAUAUCAGGUUCUUUGCAACUUUUAAUAAAGGGGUUGCAAAGAAACUCUCAUUGAAGAUGAAUGAGGUGGAUUUUUAUGAGCCUUUCAUGGAUGAUUCGGUCACUAUUCCAGAUAAACCGCAUUCAGAGGAAGAAAUUGUGGAAUUUAUUCAAGAACAUAAAAGAUCAACCCUCAGGAAACUGCGUCCAGAGGAUGUGUUCGAGACGUGGGAAGAUGACAUGGAUGGGAUCCAAAUUGUUGCUUUUGCUGAAGAAGAAGACCCUGAUGGUUAUGAAUUUCUGUCAAUUUUAAAAGAAGUAGCAAGAGAAAACACAAACAAUCCAGAUCUAAGCAUUGUGUGGAUCGAUCCUGACGACUUCCCUCUGUUGUUUACAUACUGGGAGAGAACUUUCAAGAUUGACCUUCACAAGCCUCAGAUUGGAGUAGUGAAUGUCACGGAUGCUGACAGUGUCUGGAUGGAUAUUAGAGAUGAUGAUGAUUUACCAUCAACUGAUGAACUAGAAGAAUGGCUCCAUGAUGUUCUCUCAGGAAAAGUCAAUACAGAAGAUGAUGAUGAUGAUGAUGACAACGAUGAUGAUGAUGAUGAUGAUGACGGUGAUGAUGAUGAUGACGAUGAUGAUGAUGAUGAUGAUGACGACGAUGACGAUUAACUCUUUAGCUUAUUAAUAGUUAUGUAUACUGUGAACAAAAAUAAUCUAAUUCUAUAGAUAAAAGCAAAUUACUGCGGAUGCUGGAAAUCUAAAACAAAAACAGAAAAUGCAGGAAAAACUCAUCAGGUCUAGCAGCAUCUGUGGAAAGAGAAACAGAGUUAAUGUUUCGAGUCCAUAUGACCCUUCUUCAUAUGGACUCAAAAUGUUAACUCUGUUUCUCUCUCCACAAAUGCUGCUAGACUGGCUGAGUUUUUCCAGCAAUUUCUGUUUUUGUAUCCUCUAAUUAAAGGUAUCUGAAAUUGAUAUAUUUGUAAUUUAAGAUGAGCACUUGAAAAUGAAUGCUAAUUCUCAUAAUGUGUAACCAAUACCCUGAGAUCAGAGUAAAAUUUCAGAUAUUUAAAAUGAAAAAUAACUGAUUUAUAAAACUUGCCCUCCAUUUAUUUUUUCAUCUAUAUUUUCCUCAUUUCCCCUUCCCAUUUCUCCAUACUUAUAAAAAAAGAACUAGCAUUUAUAUUGAGCUCUUCACUACCCCUGGAAAUUCUGAGGCACUUUACAGCUAAUGAAGUUCAUCUGAAGUGUAGUCCUGUUGUCAUGUGAGGAAACAUGGCAGCCAAUUUGCACACAGCAAGGUCCCACAAACAGCUAUAACAUGCUGACCAGAUAACUUAUUUUUAAUGAUGAUCUACCAGAGAAGGCAAAUUGGAUCUGGAUUUACCAUCCCUUACUACUGCACUGAAGUUUCAGCCUGCAUUAUGUGCCCAAGUCUUUGACACAGAACUUGACCCUUCUGCCCUAGAGUCGAGUGUGCUUUCAUUGAGCCAAGGCUGACACCUUAAAUUAUACUUCAAAUAAUUUUCUUCAGUUGAAUAAGGGAAGAACUCAUAAGUAUUGUUUUGGCUAAUACUGCCCUCUGCUCAACUGAUAAAUGCCACCCAACACUACAUACAAUUUGUAGGCACAAUCCAACAUUAGAUAAUGAUGGGCACUAUCCAACAUUAUAUGACACUUGACUGAUAUGCGCUGCUGCUCUAAAUUUAACAACUAGGUACUGUCCAAUGCUCUGAGGUCAAUAUCAUCUAAAGCUAUUCUAAAUUUAGUUAAUAGUGGCCAAUGUUCCCUGUGCAGUUGGUAGCGCUUAUUUAUAAACUUUUAUUAGGUCAUAUCAUUGUUGUUGCCAGGUUUUCUGCUAUUAUAGACAAUUUUAAUCUCUUUUAAUCAUUUUAAUUGCAUAAUUUUAGCAAUAAAUAUUAGGCAUUCAUUCUUAUGCUUGAAUCCACUUAAUAGGCAUUACUUAACGUUGUUUUGUAUUGGGCUGUUAAAACACUGCACAAUAUGUAGAGCUGGAAGUUGCUAUCCCGUGUUUUAUCAUUGGCAAAUAUAUGACUUUAAAAUUAUUUUGAUCUUACAUGAGGUGACCAAGAAUAUGUUAUAAUGCAUUAAAGUGAACACUGACAUUAUUGUACACUCAAGGUCACUUUUGUCACCUGAGUCAACUAUUUACCUUUCAAGCCAAAAACUCCACUGUCAUCCUGUCUUAAGCCUUCAAGUUCAAUUUAUUGCUAAAAUAGUGAAAAAUGGGACUAAUUAUGUUCAGGUGUAAAUAUAAAUGAAUAUAUUUGCA